AUGCCUCACGUCGACAUCUUAUUCAACCAGUUGCAGAAGAGAAAAACCGAGCCAGCGCAAGUUAAAACGGCUACCGAUAAUUUUGAAAAAUGUAUUGUCGAUGUAAGAAGUAAAAUUGAUGACAUAAUAAAUCAAGCCAAAAGUAUUUGCACUGAACCCCAAGGCAACAAAAGGAGACGACGUAAUAAUAGUAGUCACGAUCACCGAGUUGCCGCAUUAGAAGUUUUCGACAAUAUAGCGAAUUCUGCAAAUGACAGAUUUCAAUCCAAAGAUCAUUUGGUAGCCGCAUCCCUUUUUUUUCCCGAACUCUUUGGAGAAUACUGUGGUAAGUUUCCUGAUGACAAGUGGGAAACUACCUGCUUGGCUUAUUCCGAAUUAGAAAAAAGUCCGCUUAAAGACAGAGUUGUCUGUUAUUUAUGCACGGAAUGA